UGUCAACGUGUAGAGUCUAGAGUAAAAAAAAUAUUGACUGGUGAAAACCAAGUUUUCUCUAUUUAUUUGUUUUAAAAUUAAGAGAAAAGCCAAAAAAUGGAUAUAACUCCUCUGUUCAAAGCUUGUAUAAAAGCGGUGAAAACUCGUAACAAAGCGUUCGGGAUACAGAGUCCUGCGAGUGAAGAUAAACAGCGAAUUCUUCGACCGAAACCGAAGACUGGAUUCUUGGCAAGCGCAAAAGAGAUUACUUCUCAAAUAACCAGAUUGCGGGACUUCCUGCUGCAGCACAAGGAGGGCUACUUGAGCUUCUUCGACAGUGGACUGGGAAAUGAAAUGACCGAAGCCGAAAGAGACCAGAUAGACACCGGCGCCCAGAGAAUCAUAAACACUUGCUCUCACCUCCUGAAAGAGUUUAGAAAUGACAACCGCAAGGUGGCCGUCUCUCACCAGACGCGUGAGUACAUGGACGGGGUCAUCGACCUCAUAGACAGCUACUUAAAGGCAGUUUGUAAAAUACACAGUGAACUGAAGGCAGUGCGAGUGAAAAGAGCUUUGGAAGUGCGCAAACUUUCAAAACUAGAGCUCCCAAAGACUAAAUCCAACAUUCCAAAUCCUUUCAUUACUAAGGAGACUCUAGAGAGUCCACUGUUAGAAGAAAAUGGUGAAGGUGAAUAUGCUGGCAAUAAUAGUCUCCAAGACCAGCCAGAUACUGUGAAGAAUAAACUAGACUUUACUGAGAAUGAUGUGGCGGUGAUGUCUGACGCUGAGCUGAGUGCCGAAGAGCUGCAGAUGUUUGAGUCUGAGAACAGCCAGCUGCUCAAUGACCUCAACAGCAUGACGGAGGAGGUCAAACAAAUAGAGAGCAAAGUACUCCACAUUGCUGAGUUACAGGAAAUAUUUACUGAAAAGAUCUUACAACAAGAGCAAGACAUAGACCGGAUAGCAAACACCGUGGUGGGCGCCACGGAGAAUGUGAAGGAUGCUAAUGACCAGAUCAAGCAAGCCAUACAGAGGAAUGCGGGCAUGAGGGUCUACAUCCUAUUCUUCCUGCUAGUUAUGUCAUUCACCUUGCUUUUCCUUGACUGGUACAAUGAAUAAAUUAUAAAUGUAAUAUGUG